AAAAUGGUAAAAUGACGUCGGUCUCCGUACGAGGAGGAAAGUCAGCAAAAGGAGCUCGUGGCUAAUUUGCAAGCGGAGGCCUAAACGGAACCUCCGUGGACGAUCGAGCGCGACGAAUGUAGAAACCAGAGGAAGAAGAAGAAGCAGAAGAAGAAGAAGAGGAGCGCGAAACCAGUUCCACAGCUUCUUAGCCUCAGCUCCAAUGGCGACGAUCGGCAGCUUCUUCCCUCCUCGCGACCUCUCCCUCCUCGCCAAAUCCCACCGUCGACGUCGAACUUCCCUCCCCGAUCCCAUCCCCGCGGGCUCGAGAUCCCGGCCCUCGGUGCGUCCGCUCUUCUCCGCCGGGCCGAACAGAAACCGGGUCGCCGCCGGGUCGGUCGCCGAGGACCGGAAAGCGGCCGACGUUCCCGUGGCGAGGGAAGAAGACUCGACGGCGGAGGACGAUUCGUCGGAACCCGCGGCGCCGGGGGCGCUUGGUCUCGCGGCGAAAGGCGAGAGCGGGGGCCUCGAGAGGUUGGUCGGCAGAGGGGUUAACGCUACCCUCGUUCUGGGUUUUGGGACUCUUGCCGUCACCAGGCUUCUCACCGUGGAUCAUGAUUACUGGCACGGAUGGACCCUUUAUGAAGUUUUGAGAUAUGCGCCGGAACACAAUUGGAUUGCUUACGAGGAAGCUCUCAAAAUGAAUCCAGUCUUAGCGAAAAUGGCAAUAAGUGGAGUGGUGUACUCUAUAGGAGAUUGGAUUGCCCAGUGCUAUGAAGGAAAGCCUCUUUUCGAGUUCGACCCAUUGCGCAUGUUCAGAUCAGGUCUUGUUGGAUUCACACUCCACGGUUCACUUUCUCAUUAUUAUUAUCAGUUUUGCGAGGCUCUUUUUCCUUUCGAAGAUUGGUGGGUGGUCCCUGCAAAAGUCGCGUUUGAUCAAACGGUCUGGGCAGCACUUUGGAAUAGCAUCUAUUUUGUGAUGUUGGGGCUUCUGCGACUGGAAUCCCCUCCUAAUAUUCUCAAUGAGCUGAAGGCAACAUUUUUGCCAAUGCUAACAGCAGGAUGGAAGCUCUGGCCAUUUGCUCACUUAAUUACCUAUGGCGUGAUCCCCAUUGAACAGAGACUUCUUUGGGUGGACUGUGUAGAGCUUAUUUGGGUCACCAUUCUCUCCAAUUACUCAAAUGAGAAAUCAGAAGCAAGAAUAUCUGAGACAUCGGAGUCGAAUUCUGGUUCUCCAUGAAGCAGUUAAUUUAAGUUUGUAUUUGGUAGACUUAUGUGCUUGGGACUUGGGUGACCUUUCUCAGGAAUAGAUUGGAAGUAGACUGGUGAAACUCAAGAACCUCAUAACACGUUUGAACAUUCUUCAGAAAUUGAGUCAAGGACGAAGUUGAAUCCUAGAGCUUCUGCAUACGGUCCGCGGGUAUUGUAUCUUGGCUCACCUGCAUACUUCGUAAGUAAUGUACAUCAACUAUACCACGUGGAUAUGUGCUUCAAGGUGUCAAUGGAAUCUGCACACGUACACUAAAGGCAUAAAGAGUUUUCAUGUUGUUGGCUAGGUGCAAAAAUCUAUGGAAAUACGCAAGAAUAACCAAUCAUUGCACUUUCGGCCUUUAUAUCUUUUAUGUAAGUUCAUUGGUGGUGGUUCUGUCGUGUAUUAUCUGCAGCAUUCAUCGUGUUGAUUAAGUUCAGCUGCUGAGGUUUAUUCUCAGUGAAACAUGGUUCCAGAAUUUUGUGUCCUGAAAUCUGAUGAAGAGUUGAUUGACCUCUGCAUCAUACUGCUGUAUAUAUGGACUUCUGACGAUAUAAACAGAGGCUGUUUGUUCGUAUA